UCCUGCUUCUCGCUCCGAGGCAGCGGGGACGGACGCUCCCGAGAACUCUCUCGCCCGCGGCCGGCCGCGCUCGGACGGCGCGCGCCGGCGGCCCGGCGGUGUCAGCAUGUCGGCUGCCGUGGCGUGCCUGGACUACUUCGCCGCCGAGUGCUUGGUGUCCAUGUCCGCGGGUGCUGUGGUUCACCGCCGCCCGCCGGACCCCGAGGGCGCGGGCGGAGCGGCCAGCUCGGAGGUGGGUGCGGCGCCGCCGGAGUCCUCUCUGCCGGGUCCGGGGCCACCGGGGCCCGCGUCGGUCCCCCCGCUCCCCCAGGUCCCCGCCCCUAGCCCCGGCGCGGGCGGCGCCGCGCCCCACCUGCUGGCUGCAAGCGUCUUGGCUGACUUGCGCGGCGGCUCUGGUGGGGGCUUCGGAGAGUACUCCGGGGAAGUUCUGCGCGACUCGUCCGGCUCCUCCGACCCGACCCCGUGCUCCGGCCCGACCCUGGGUUCCCAGCCAGCCCCGGCCUCCAGCGCAGCCGAGGUCUCGGGACCCAUGCACUCCUCCGGCGCGCUCGAGGUCCCUGGCGCGCCAGCCGUCCCGGGAGCGCCUGCCCACCCUGGCGCGGUGUCUGGCGUGGCCCCUGGGGCCGGCCCCGCCCCCGCCACGGGUCCAGGCCCCCGUCGGAGGCCAGUAACACCUGCUGCCAAGCGCCAUCGCUGCCCCUUCCCGGGCUGCAACAAAGCCUAUUACAAGUCAUCACAUCUGAAGUCCCACCAGCGCACCCACACGGGUGAGCGCCCGUUCUCCUGCGACUGGCUCGACUGCGACAAGAAGUUUACGCGCUCCGACGAGCUGGCCCGCCACUACAGGACGCACACGGGCGAGAAACGCUUCUCCUGCCCACUCUGCCCCAAGCAGUUCUCUCGCAGCGACCACCUGACCAAGCACGCCCGCCGCCACCCAUCCUAUCAUCCUGAUAUGAUCGAGUACCGGGGGCGCCGUCGCACGCCCCGCGUCGACCCGCAACCCGCCAACCUGGUGGACAGCUCCGGCUCCGUCCCCGGGCAGGUGCCCAGCUUCACCACCUGCUUGUCUGACAGUCACUGCUGUUAGUCGUUCCCUCAAGGAUGAUCCCCCAGGCCACUGUCCUUGCUUUUUCUCUGCCCAUCCCUCUUUCCCUGAGUGAUUAUACCAAGGCACAGACUGGCUUCUCCGCUCUGGCGGGUGGGGGUUGGGGGGUCAAGGCAGGCAUGUUGGACUCUGGGGAGGGACUGGGGGCCCGAAAAUAGCAGGAAUUCUUACAACACGUAUAUCAUCCAAAAGGGGGGGAUUGCCUCAAGACAGACCCCCGGAACUGAUAAGAAGGGAUGAACCCCCGUACUCUCCAGAGUCCUGAAGAUUCUCCCUUCCAUGGGAACCAGAGAUGUGAAACUGGAAUUCUCAGGUGCCUGAGGAGCUCUCAGUCUCAAAAGACUCUGGUGUCUUACCCACCCUCCAGGGCGGACCUUGGAGAGGGUGUCAGGGGUGGCAGUCUUGGGAAUGUCCAGGACUGGGAUCGUGAGAGGCCUUUGGAAACAGAAAUGAUUUCUAUUUCUGUAAACAGUGAUGUUUACUAAUGUAUUUUUAGUAUCUUUUAAACAGGGAUCCCAGGUUGAUAGGAGGUCGAUGUCCUCCGCACCCCAGUUGCCCCAGCUACCUCUGCUAGGAGAGGCCAUGUAAGAAUCCAUGUGGAUGGAUGGCUGGGAGAUGCUUCUUGGUGUUUGGGGAGUGGCACGCGUCUGUUUGCAGGUCCUGUUGCAAGGGCUGAAACCCUGCACUUGCGUCGUUGUCCUAGCUUUUCCUGUCAUUUGGAGUCCUACUUGGGGAGGUAACUUCCUGGCUCACUCACAAUGAGGUUGGUCUAAAAAUUUGGAAACAAUCAUAAAUGCACCAGAAAUAAAAGGGUGGUCCAGGUGAGUUCCCACUUCACCAAGAGGGCAAACCCAAGUGACUGUGGUUGGGACAGGUCCAAAUGAAGACCUUUCAGAGUCAUUGUUAACGUUCAGGGAAAUAAGGGCUUUUGGUCCCAGCUGCCACUCCCAGGUAACCUUAGGUGUGGUAGAUUCUAUUCUUUUCUAGCUGGCUAGUGGGUUAUUUCCCUUGGGAUCUGUGCAUUUUUGUUUCUGCAAUAGGUGAGUUGGUGAUUUUAAGGAAGGGAAGUGGGAGUGGCUUCUUUCAAAAAGUCAGCUGCUCUGGAUUUGGGGAAGGGACAGAAAGGUGAAAGUUAUUGUCAUAUGGAAGGACCCUUCUCCCCUGACCUUGGAGCCCCUCUGUGUUGCUCCCUUAGUGCAGGAAUUGAGCUUCACCAGUAUGUAUUUUUCUCUGUGUUUCUGCUGCUAUGAUGAAAUUGUCGGCCACUCUGCUUAUGUAUGUGUGAAUGUGACCCUUUCAUUAGAGAUGAGGCUGAAAGGCAUUUCCUGCUCUGGUAAAAGUCCCCUUUGGCCCCCGCUCCUGAAUAUCUUGUAAUAGUCCAUCAAUCACACCUGUGAAGGAUGCCAUACUAUCAAAGGACCAUAAAAGGCAUCUAGUUAGAUUGCUUUCCCCUGUUUUGCAGAUGAAGAUACUGAAGGCUAGAUAAGCUCAAAGUCACAUGCUGAGUUGCUGGCAAAAGUCAUAACUAAAAUUUGGUUAUCUGGCCUUCUAUCUGACUCUUUCCGUCAUGCUUAGUUACCCAAUCUGGGCUCUUAGUCAAAGGGCACCACUCUUACUUACUGCCACCAGGAUCCCCUUCUUCCCUAUUCACUAUCACUUCUAUGUUCCUUCAGCUGUCCAGUUCCCGCUAAACCCUUUGCCUGUUGUAUUUAACCCGAAAGCUGUUUUCUAAGCAGGUUGAGUACAUUCCCUCCUUCCAUACAAUAUGGACUUAAAGUGGGAAUGCCUUUAUCUUUUAAUCUGGUAGAUUAUUUUUCAAUGCUGGUUUCUCGUCCUGGGCACUCUAGCUUCCUUGAGAGAGUAAGUGAUAUGAACGCAGGGACUCUACUAAGUGCUCACUACACUAAGUGAAGGAAAGGUAUUUAGGAAGGACCCAAAGGGUAUAAAGAAGUACAAUGUUUCCCUGUUGAGGACUAAGCAGGGUGAGUGGAGCUCUCCUUGAGUUACAUGUGGGAAGAGGAGGCCCCCAGUUGUGAAGGCGGUUUUGGUGGUGGGAAGUUCUUCGUUUGCUUGUUUUGUCUCCUCAGCUGGGACUUGAUAAGAAGGGCACUCUGGGGGCCCCUUGAGGACUAUGAUUUCUCCUUUGUCCCCUUCAGUAGAAGAGCUGUCAUUGGGUAGGUGGACCAAUGAAGUUAACGUGAAAGAAACUCCCACUGACCAUUCUGGAAUUGGGCUCAAGAAAGCGUGAUGUUUCCUAUCAC